AUGGGGAAAAGCUGCCGGGUCAGCAAGCUGUGCGUUUUGUGCGUGGUCUUAGCCUUGGUUUCCGUGGCAACCAUCGUCACAUUGUGGACUCUUGCCCUGACAGGAGACGAUGGUGAUGACGUCACAGCUCCUUGGGACAGCUAUCGUCUGCCCACGGCUUUGGUUCCUGAGUAUUACAACAUCACGCUGUGGCCUCGACUCAGCCGUGACCCGAACACCGGCCUCUACAUUUUCACAGGGCAUUCGACUGUGCAGUUCGAGUGUGUGAAAGAAACAGAUCUGAUCCUGAUUCACUCCAACAAACUCAACUACACCAAACUAGACGAUGCACACAUUGUCAGGCUCACCAGUUCAGGUGGUGCAUCUGCUCCAGGUAUUGAGUCUACCUGGCUGCAGAAUAAGACUCAGUAUCUGGUUAUCCAGCUGAACGGUAAAUUAAGUCCAGGACGGACGUAUCAGCUGUAUGCCGAGUUCACCGGAGAACUAGCUGAUGACUUGGCCGGCUUUUACAGGAGUGAAUAUGUAGAGGAUGGAGUCAGAAAGAUAGUUGCCACCUCUCAGAUGCAUCCGACUCACGCCAGGAAAACUUUCCCAUGUUUCGAUGAGCCAGCGAUGAAAGCCGUGUUCCACAUAACUCUCAUCCACCCGCCUGGAACCGUAGCACUGUCCAACGGCAUGGAAACAGAUGUUGUUGACACCACUAUCGAUGGAGUAGGUGUGACACAGACCAAGUUUGAGCCCACCAAGAAAAUGUCCUCCUACCUGCUGGCCAUCGUCGUCUCUGACUACGCACACCUCCGUGCAACGCAAGACGACACUGUGAUCCGUAUCUGGGCUCGGAGGAAGGCCAUUGAACAGGGGCAGGGCGACUACGCUCUCAAUGUGACCGGACCCGUUCUGGACUUCUUCCAGUCGUACUACAACAUCUCGUAUCCGCUGAGCAAGUCAGAUCAGAUCGCUCUGCCAGACUUUUAUUUCGGUGCCAUGGAGAACUGGGGCUUGGUGACGUACAGAGAAACCAACCUGCUCUACGAUCCAGUGACCUCCUCCAACAAGAAUAAGGAAACUACCGCCACCAUCAUCGCUCAUGAAUUAGCACACAUGUGGUUUGGUAACCUGGUGACGCUGCGCUGGUGGAACGAGGUGUGGCUGAACGAGGGCUUCGCUUCGUACGUGGCCUACCUGGGAGCCGACAACGCCGAGCCGACGUGGAACGUGAAAGACUUGAUUGUCCUCGAUGACGUCCACAAAGUGUUUGCAGUCGAUGCCUUGACUUCCUCUCAUCCUCUGACCUCUAAAGAAGACAGCAUCAUCCUGCCAGAACAGAUCACCGAGCAGUUCGAUACGAUCUCCUACAGCAAGGGUGCAGCGGUGUUGAGGAUGCUGUCCGACUUCCUCUCAGAGCCGGUCUUCGUCCAGGGACUCAGUUCGUAUCUCAAUCACUUUGCCUACAGCAACACUGUGGGGAAUGACUUGUGGCAACAUCUACAAAUGGCGGUGAAAGACGAUGUUUCACUUCCUCGUCCAGUCCAAGACAUCAUGAACCCCUGGGUGCUGCAGAUGGGCUUCCCUGUGGUUACCAUAGAUACGACCUCGGGCAAGGUAUCCCAGAAGCACUUUCUGCUGGAUCCAGAGUCUAACGUCACGGUCGAAUCACCGUACAAGUACGAGUGGCCGGUUCCUGUUCGGUGGAUGAAGGCCGGUGAGGUCCAGGCAGAUAUCUGGUGGCUGCUGCAGAAGGAAGUGGUGAACGUGGACAUGAGGAGCGGAGCGGCGUGGGUUCUGGCCAACAUCAACGUGACCGGGUACUACCGGGUGAACUAUGAUCUGGGAAACUGGGAGCGUCUCUUCGCUCAGCUGAGCACCGACCACCAGGUCAUACCGGUGAUAAACAGAGCUCAGCUUGUGGACGACGCCUUCAAUCUGGCCAGAGCUCAGCUGGUCUCCACCACUCUGGCUCUCAGAACCACCGCCUAUCUGUCCCUGGAGACGGACUUCAUGCCCUGGCAGUCCGCUCUGGACAACCUCAACUACUACUACCUCAUGUUGGACCGAACCGACGUCUAUGAGCCGAUGCAGGACUACCUGAGGAAGCAGGUGACUCCUCUCUUCACGUACUUCAAGAACCUGACGUCGGACUGGAGUCGUGUUCCUGAAGGACACACCGACCAGUAUAACCAGGUGAACGCCCUCCGGACAGCCUGCAGAACCGGACUAGCAGAGUGUCAGAACCUGACCAGAACCUGGUUCAAACAGUGGAUGGACGAUCCUCAAAACAACAUGAUUCAUCCCAACCUGCGCUCAGCUGUUUACUGCAGCGCCGUGGCAGCAGGCGGCGAGGCCGAGUGGCAGUUUGGAUGGUCGCAGUUUAAACAGGCGUCUUUAGCCAGCGAGGCCAGUAAACUGAUGUCUGCGCUGGCCUGUACCACCGACACGCAGCUGCUGCAGAGGUAUCUGUCUUUCACCCUGAACUCCACUUUGAUCCGUAAACAGGACGCCACCUCCGUCAUCACGUCGGUGGCCAGUAACAGAGCAGGACAGAGUCUGGCCUGGAGCUUUGUCAGGGAGCAGUGGGAGUACAUGUUCACCCAAUACGGCGUGGGCUCCUUCUCCUUCGCCUCCAUGAUCACUGGAGUCACAGCGAGAUUCUCCACACCUGCUGAACUCCAACAGCUGGAGGAGUUUGUGGAGCAGCACGGGGCCGCAGGGUUCGGCUCGGCCUCGCUGGCCGUGGAUCAGGCCUUGGAGAGGACCAGGGCCAACAUCAAGUGGCUGGAGCAGAACAAACAGGAGGUUCUGGACUGGUUCAGCAGCCAGACUGGACUUGAGAGGCACUGA